GACAUGUCGAUCAUGGUAAAACUACUUUGACAUCAGCAAUUACCCAUGUUCAAUCCAAGAAAAAUAAGGCCAAGUCUCGGAAAUAUGAAGAGAUCGAUGCGGCUCCCGAAGAAAGAGCGCGAGGAAUUACUAUCAAAACCGCUCACGUUGAGUAUGAAACUGACACUAGACAUUAUGCUUUAAUUGAUUGUCCAGGCCACGCCGACUAUAUUAAAAACUUAAUUACUGGUGCAGCCCAAGCCAACGGCGGAAUUGUGGUAGUUGAUGCCAGUCAAGGUGGUCAAGAGCAAACCAAGGAACAUUUGCUUUUAGCGAAUCAAGUAGGAGUAAAAGAUGUAGUCGUUUUUGCGAAUAAGGUUGACGUGGUGGCAGAUAAGGAAAUGUUAGAUUUAGUGAAAGAGGAGGUUGAAGGAUUAUUAGAAAAAUACGGAUUUAACAAAAAUUCCCCCAUUAUUUUUGGUUCAGCGAAAAAGGC